AUGAUCUCUCGCUUCAUUUUCAGCGCCUUCGUGGCACUCGGCCUGCUGAUCGGCAUCAUCUCUGGCAGUCCUGCACCCAGCACUCCUCGACCGGGCUCAACUGUGACUGAAAAUGAUAUCCUUCGUCGUACCGAAUAUAAACUGGUAUAUACAGUGCCUAAGUGGACGUCCUUGUGGGAGUUCGAUGUUUACUCAACCGGUUACGAUGGCACCAAGGGCAAGGAAAAGCCGGCCAACGGCGUCCAGGAGGGAGAAAGAAGCAAGGUUCUGGAUAAUUUCACGAUUGACACGAAAACUAAGACCUUGACCGUCAAAUCCGUCUGGAAUGCAUACGAUAAGACCCCUAACCGUCUCAGGCUGCGACAAAUCCUCCAUGCGUCCUGGGAAAAGACGGGCGUCGACCCCUUGGAGCUCAAGGCUGUGCGAGGAACGAUGAUCCAGAACAAGGAGAUGCAAGAUGCUGUGGAAUUCUGCCGCAAGGAUUUGGGUUUAGGCCGUUAUGAUGAUUACAGGGUAAAGCCCGACGCCAAGGGAAAGAAGUGUUGGGAUCGGUUCGAGAAGACGGUCUUUUCGAAAAUCAUUAAAGGGGCUAUCAGAGAUUUUGGCCCCAGCAAGACGCUUGUUCAGAUCGAGCUGGACAGACAGUUCAACGGAGACAAUGUUCUCUACACCUUUAACUAA